UAUUUCACCCAGGUGCGCGAUGGAUCCUGAGAGAGUGAUGGAGUAUCUGAUUGAUGUAGAAGUCGCUGCUGAAGAUGUUCUCGCUGAUAAACAGCAGAUUGUAGACCUGGACGGAAGAAGAAACAGAAACCGAGAGGCUUUGAAUGCUCUGAGGAACAGCGCUCCUCACAGCGACAAAGUCAGGGUUUGCUUUGGGAACAUGUUUAUUAAAUUCCCCAAGGAGAACACCAAAUCCAUGAUUCAGAAAGAUCAGGAGCAGCUCGAGCAGGAGAUAAACGACCUCCGGAAAGGUCUCAAAGCAAAAGUAAACCGGCUGAACGAUUUACAAGGGAAGCCUGAACUCAGGGGGCACAACCUGUCUCCGCUGACCAGCGAUGAACUCAAGGCUAUUCACGGCAUCCUGAGGAGUUGAUAUCGGCUUCAAGUUAACGUUAAAAUGUGAGGAAGACUAAGGAUGUGGGGUCGUUAGAAUCGUGUGAACGUGAUCACGAUGAUGAUGAUGAUGAUUUGUGAAAAUGCCUUUCUGCCUGCAUUCGCACUGUGUCUAAGUGAACUUGUUUGAGAUGCUAGACAUGGCAUUUUGUUUUGUAGAUGAUAAAAAAAAAAAAGCCGACAUUGUGGUACAUUAUUUAAUUUAAGCCAGUAUCUCACUGGGCUGCGACAGCUUGCAACAAAUUACAAACGCCAUUCGUGAGAGAGUUUCAAAAGUGUCUUGAAACAUUCGCGGGGCUUCUCAGUUUCCUCGCAUGAGUCGCAAAAUGUCGCUCCUUCGUCGCUGAAAUUUUGAACAUGUUCAAAAAAUUCGUGCGACAAAAUUUCUCUCAAAAUAGCCGCAAAUGCGUCGCUGGUGUCGCAAAGCCGUCGCGAACCCUUCUCAAGUCAGUUUCCGUGAGACAGGAAGUGCGAGUGUAUCUCGCUGGGCUGCGACAGCCUGCGACUAGUUGGAGGCAUAACAAUUGCGAUAAAAUAUGCGAAUAUCAAUUCAGUGUGAUUCCAAGUGAAAAUUGUCGCUAAUUCACAUUUUAUCGCAAUUGUUGUGCCUCCAACUAGUCGCAGACUGUCGCAGCUCAGUGAGAUACUACCCUAACCCAACCGGAAAUGAAAGAGCGAGAGGGGGUGCCAACUUUUACAGUCGGCUAUUUAUUUGCAGUGAUUUCUGAUGUAACGUCAAACCUGCUGUGGUGAUGUUAAUGUACAGUCGGUUGUAAAGCUAUACAGAGGCCUUAUUUACUUUGGAGAGGAGAAUUUGUUCAUGAAUAAAUGACUAAUUAUCAAUAUUUGCACUGUUUUAUAUAUUCAGCCACCAGGGGGCGGUAUUCCUGCAGUGUUACACACUGUGUCCAAAUGGGUUAUUGUGAGUUUUUGUCUGAUUGUGGGUUUUGAUUUGUCUACACUUCGCCGAUUUAGGUUUUGGAUGGAACAGAGGAAUUUUAUCCACAAGGAAUGUUGUGUGAUGAAGCAAUAAUAAGAGCGGUAAUGAUAAAACCUCAAAUAAACACUGUUCUUCCUGAAACGUGUAAAAUUUUGUGGAUCCUGAAUGUGAUGAGUCCUCUUUUAUUGGAAAACCAUGAAGAUGGGAAAAUCGCAGUGGGUUAGUGUGUUGAAUAAAAGCGGUCAGGGUUAGUAGGAGCUUCUCGAGUCGUAGGGACACAUGCGCGCAUAACAUACGUGGCAGCCAAGAUGGCAAUAUAUUUAGCGUGUUAAUCAGAUGGCAGAGGGAGAGAAGUAAAAGUCACCUUUUAUAUACGUGGGGGGAUACAAGAGCGCCUAGAGCAGGGGUCUUCAAUCCUAUCCGCAAAGGGCCAGUGUAGCUGCAGGCUUUCAUUACAGCCAAAUUGGAGGCUCACUUGAUUGUUGACUGGAGACGAGGGUGAAAUGAUUAAACAAGUGAAAUCAGAUGUAGCUCCUGCUUGGUUGGAAUGAAAGCCUGCAGCCACACUGGCCCUUUGUGGAUAGGAUUGAAGACCCCUGGCCUAGAGGGUGUUAACUCAUUUUUUUAACUAUAGAGGCAUCCUAGAGGGCACAUUUUUCUCUGACAUAACAGCACCUAUUGAGCAUGUCAUCUCAUUUUUUUUUUGUGUGUGUGUAGGGCAGGCUCUAGGGUACUGCAUCUCAUUUUCUUGCAUGUAGGGAAGCCUAUAGAAUGCCACAUUUCAUGUUGUCACAUGCAGGGGAGCCUAUAGGGCUCGUCAUCUCAAUUUUUGCACGUAAAGGAGCCUAUAGGGCACUUCAUCUCAUUUUGUUGCAUAUUGGGGAGCCUGUAUGGCACUGCAUUUCAUUUUCUUGCAUGUUAGGGCAGCCUAUAGGGCACCACAUUUUUUUUUUUUGCAUGUUAGGAGAGCCUAUAGGGCCUUUCAUCUCAUGUUCUUGCAUGUAGGAGAGCCUAUAGAAUGUCACAUUUCAUUUUGUUACGUUUUUGGAGCCUAUAGGGCACUUCAUCUCAUUUUCUUGCAUGUUAGGGGAGCCGAUAUGGCACCACAUCUUAUUUUUUGCUCGUGAGGAGAGCCCAUAGGACAUUUCAUCUCCUGUUCUUGCAUGUAGGGGAGCCUAUAGGGUGCCACAUAUCAUUUUUUUCGCAUGUGGAGGAGCUUGUAGGGCACGUCAUCUCAUUUUCUUGCAUAUAGGUCACUUAAUCUCAUUUUGUCAUAUGUAGGACAGGCUAUAGGGAACUGCAUUUCAUUUCCUGGCAUAUAAGGAAGGCUGUUGGGUACUUCAUCUUGUUUUCUCCACUGGAAGUGCACUCAUUUGGGCACUUCAUCAUGUUUCCUUGCAAAUAAGGGAAACCUAUAGGGCACUGUCUCAUGUAUUUCCCACUGUAAGGGCACCCUAGAGGGCAUUUCAUCACAUUUUAUUUUGUUUAAAAGUUGCCAUUAGGGCCCUUCAUCACUUUCCUCCACUGUAAUUGCACCCUAGAGGACAUUUUUCUCAACUUUUAUUGACAAUGUUUUCUGUUUUUGUCUGAACAUGGGCAUUCCUCCCUCACCGCAGAUCCACCAGUGCCUGGUUGCAUAACAUUUUAAUAAACUGCAAGGAAUGCGAAACAUGCAUACAUACUGUUAUACUACACGUCUUUGUGGUUGUGCUGUAUAAGUGUAUUUGCAAUAAAAUAUGAGCCACUGACAGUUUAAUUUAUACACUUCCCAAAAACAACCACAGACUGUGACAGAAUAGCAUUAAAGUACUUAUUGUCUUUUAGAUAAACUUGUAUUAUGCAGAAAAUAUGUCAUCACGAUGAUUUAUAUUUUCCAUUCAUGUAACUGAAAUAGAGUGGAGGAUAGAAAAAUUACAUAAAUUUUACCCGCGAUCAGAAUUUUUUCUGCGUUUGAAAAAAGAUGUACACGUUUAUUUCACAAUGCUAUGCCCUGAAAUUGCUUGUGCACUAAUGCAAAAAUGUGUGAUGUGAAAAAUAUGUGCUAAAGAAAUGCACAUGUGAAAAAUAAAUGUUUUACGAGAUACUAAGAGUGGGGGUACUGAUACUGUAAUUUCGAAACCACUGCUGUGCAGAAAAAUUGCUUAAGAACUUAAGAAACCUUGUGUGUCUGGAAGAACAUUAAAAUAAAAGUAUACAAGUCCCCAAAGGU